AUGGACAUCGAAUUGCGCCGGCUGCGGGCUGAGAACGCCCAGCUCAGGCAGGACCUCGCGAGCUGCCGGCAGCAACUCGCCGCCCUCCACGCCGCCCUGAAGCGGCAGCAGCCCUACGCGCGGGGCGCCGGAGGCUUUCCGCCGCCGCGGCCGCCGCCGGCGACGAGAGGGGGCGGCGAGGCGCCGCGCAACUCGCUCGACGCGCUCUGGCGGGAAGCGGUCGAGGCCGGCGCCCCGGCGGCGACGGCGGCGAGCCCGCCCGCGAGCCCGCCCGCGCCCGCGCCGCCCGCGCCGCCGCCCGGCGACCCCAUCGCGCCCGAUCUCUUCGCCCCAGCCGACGCCGUCGCGCCGAGCGACGCGUUCGGCGCGCGCGCGGUCGCCACGCCCGCGGCCGCGGCACCCCCGACGGACGACCCGUUCGGCUUCGGCGGGCUGUUCGGAGCCGCACCCGCGGCCGCGGUUGUUGCACCGUCGUCCCCCGGCGGGCUCUUGGGGGCCGCGCCCGCGGCACCCCGGACGUUCGCGCUCUUCGACGCCGGGGGCGGCGACGAAUCGGCGACGGAGGAGUCCGAGGAUGACGCGCCCGCGCCCGCCGCCACUACGCCGGACGACGGCGCUGCCGCCGCCGAACGUGCGCGGCGCAAGGAGCGCCGCAAAGCGAAGAAGGAGAAGGAGCGGGAGAAGGAGCGGCGGCGCGAGGAGAAGCGGCGGGCGCGACGCGCGCGCGGCGCCGCCGCGCCGCCCACCGCGUACGCGUCCGGCCCGGCGUGGGAGCACGCCGGGACGGCACGCGGCGGGCGCUACGGCGGCCACGGCAAUCCCGCGUUCGCCGACGCGCGCGACGCGCCUGACGACGACGGCCUCGCCGCGCGCGCGGGGUCGGCGGCCCUGGGUCUCUUCGGCGCCGCCAAGGACGCCGUCUCCUCGUACGUCGAGGGCCCGACUGGCGGCUUCGCCGGCGGCCGGUCGUACUCGUCCUACUGA